AUGGCACGGCCAAACGGAGGGAUCGUUGAGUUGCGCGGAAUGGAGAAACAUUUAAUUUUUGAACGAAAUCGAUUGUUUGAUAAUUGGGGUAUGUGGAUGCUGAAGAUGGAUAUACAGUCGCAAUCGUUGCGCGGUACAGUACCAGCUUUAAUACAGUACAAUUACUUUCUGAGGAAUCACUUCAUUAGUACGAGUGGUGAUUAUGUGGAUUCAUGGCCGCGCUCUUUUACGAGUGCCGAAGUCGACGAUAGAAUGAAUGUGACAUUGAACUGGUGGGGUAUGGGUAAUGAGGCGCAAAUAGCACAGCGAAUCUUCGAUUUUGAUGAUUGGAAUAUUUACACAUUGGCUGAAUACAGCCCCUAUUUUGUUGCCGACGAACAAUUCAUCCACUUUUGGUGGAAACCACAAACGGUUCACAUUUGGCCGAAUGUUCGUAUUCUUGUAUUGGGAAACUUAAUUGCCGACGGUACAUUCUGGGAACCGAUUAGAUUCAAACCAAUCAAUAUGACGGAAUAUGAAGAAAUUCGUGGCCAAAUACCGACGCGAUAUCGUAGGAGUACACCUGUGAAAUCUUUGAGGCAUAGGGGCUGGCGAAAGAAUUGGAUGCGAUUCAGAAGAACAUUACAUGUGAAGAAACGUGCAGAACGGUUAUCGAAAGAUGUUGUCUAUCAACAGUUUCCAUUGUUACAUCGACAAGAUCCAUUCUUCCAACGAUUUACGGUUCGUCUGAAUGGUACGAAUCCUCGUUGGGGUUUUCUGGAAAUGUACAACGAUACAACUGGAGAGUAUGUUCCGUCAUGCGAUCAGGAAUUUACUAUUCGUAAUGCACAGGUGGUGUGUCGGGAACUUGGCUAUUCAGCAUUGAAUGCGUACCACUGGCUGACACCUCGCUGGGAGUACAACCCGUUGGUGAACAUCCUGAAGACAUAUGUGGAACCUCGUGAAUGCUUCGGUACAGAGAAAUCACUGGACCGUUGUACACUGCGAAUGAACGGCAAUAUCAGUAUGUGGCAAUGUAUGGAUAAUGAACACUUCAAUUUCAUUUAUUGUGGAUCUGCAAAAAUUCUCGAUAGGUUUGUGACUUCUCAUGAAUUAUCCCGUUUAAACUUACACCUUCAAGUUGGCUGGAUAAGGAAAGUCGAAGUAUAA